AUGUCCUUAUCGUUGGCGGCGGCGCGACAGGGUUGUACACUGCUGUGGAUGCUGCCCAGCGUGGCCUGCGCGUCGCAUUGGUGGAUGCUGAUGACUUUGGCGCCGGCUGCACUGGAACGUUGCCCCCACUUAUCCCCGGUGCCUUUCCGUACUUUCAGCGAGCGCUGCGACAACGUGAUUUAUUAUUGGCUCCGCCGGGGUGUGGAGGUAUGGCGUGCCUUGACGGUAUGGUCGAACGUAGCGCUGGGGCUCGUUCAGAGUGGUGUCUCUACCCUUAUUCCCUCGUCGCACAGCUUGGAACUGAUGGAGUUGACAACGGCGGCUGUCAUAGCGAUGUUGUUCAGCCCGUUUUUGGGUGUCUGGAAGCCAUUCCACUUUGUGCGCGGUGACGCCUUGCGGACGGAGGGCCACGAAACCGAAAACGAAGUGCAAGGCGGCGUUCUCUUACAAGAUACCUUGCUGGACGGCAACGCCGCAUCUGUUGCGCUUGCUCGCACAGUGGAGGCGCUAGGUGCGGUGGUACUCAACUACGCCUCUGUGAUGAGCAUCGCAGAGGUGGAAGCAACGCCCAGGGUGAAGGGUCAUGCAAACUUUGCCGUUGUUGUGAACGAUGUGAGUGCGCCAAAGGGCGUGGGUGCGUCAACUUCACGGGGACUCACCGUUUACACGCGCAACAUCGUGAAUUGCGCCGGGUCGUGGGUUGAUGAGGUGAAGCAGCUGAUGCCAACCCACACGACGGAUGCAGUGCCGAGUGUGGUGGCGCGGCAUCAAGUGAAAUCCUACUUUGUCCUGCCUCACAGCGCCGUACACCCCAUGAAGACGAAAAACAUGCAUUCUCGCUGUGACGCCGACGCAAUGUUUGCUCUCACCGACCUCCUACAGCUUCGCCUCAGUGAUGCUGCUGCCGUGGUUUGA